GGCUAUAAAGCCAGGAGUUCCCGACUAGAUCUGAAAUCUCAAGGGACUUCUACUUGCAAGAUGGCUAGGUUGCACGGAGCGCCAACGGCUUGGGGGCUCGGAGUAGCGAUCUUCUAAUUCUUCAUAUCUUCGACUGCCUUCCUCAAAAGCUAUGUUGUGUCAAAUAGUUCAUAUCCGUGAAGAUGGAUAACAAUCAACGCCAGCCAGAAAGUUACACGAUCACUGUCAGGGAAGGCGACACGCCUGGGCCAUCAGAAGUAAUAAUCUCAAUUUUCGAGGGGCAAAUAAGCUUCCACCAUGCCGGACGUGGUAAUAUUAUUCCUCCAAACGACAUGGUCAGAGAAACAGAUGAUCCCCCCCAACGGCAGGAGAUGCAAGUCGCCUUGCUCAAAGCGGCAGUAGAAGGUGAUCGAAAGGAACUUGAGCGAAUUCUGCAGGAGGAAUUAGACCAACAAGUGGAGGCGGAAAAGCGAGCUCCUGAACCUAGGCAAGAGGAGGAAAUCCGGACUCCUCCAAGGACAUCCAUGCUUCUGCAAGGAGUGACAUCUGACUUGGAUGGGGUUCUCCAUAUUGCUGCAAGGUUAGGGCAUGUGGAGCUAGUGAAGAAAAUCGCCAUGUGGCCAGGUUUGGUGAUUGAUGUAGAAGCCAAGAACAGGAGGGGAGAGACUCCCUUGCACUGUGCAGCUGCCACAGGGAAUGUCGCGAUGAUCGGCCUUGUCAUGUCGAUAGCUUGCCGAGAGCAACGUGCCAAGCAACUCUUGAGAGAGAAGAAGUGUGAUGGGGAGACAUGCUUGCACGAGGCAGUGCGGUCUGGAAAUAAGCUUGCCGUGGAGACGCUGGUCGAGGAGGAUGUUAACGUCUUCGAACGUGGCGACCCCUGUGUGCUGGUGGGAAUGGAGGAUAAUGAGGGUGUUUCUCCUCUCUACUUGGCUACAACUCUACGCCAACUUGACAUCGUUCAGUUUCUCACCCAGAAACAACGACGCCUCAGCUAUCCAGAUGCAUCCUACAAAGGGCCUGGAGAAAAGACAGCUCUGCACGCUGCUGUCCUCCUGGGCAAAGAUCUCAGCAAAUGUCUUGUGCAGUGGAAGAAGGGGCGCCUCGUAUCGAUGGCAGAUGAAUCUUGGAACACGCCGCUUCACCUCUUGGCAUCAACAGAAGACACAUCUAUCGCAAAGCUUCUUCUCAAAGCGGACGAAUGUGCUGGAUACCACGCCGACAAAGAGGGAUCACUGCCCAUACAUGUUGCUGCUGCCAAUGGAAGCCUUACGAUCGUCGAGCUCUUGGCUAAGAAGCGUCCCGGCUGCGCUUUGGCAUGCAAUAACUUAGGCCAGACGAUCCUCCACAUUGCUGUCCAAAAGAGAAGAUACGAUGUGGUAAACUAUGUGUGCUCCAAGCACAAGUUAGCAGGAAUCUUAAACGUCAGGGAUUCAAGUGGGAAUACGGCUCUUCAUUUGGCUGUAGAGCAAGGAAAUCAGUUCAUUUUUUGCCGGUUAAUGCGGUGUCCGGAAGUAUGUUUGAGCUUCACAAACAAGGAGGCGCGUACACCUCUUGAUAUUGCACAGUUGAAGCUCCCACUUGGCCUGUCAUUAUCGCCGGCUCCCCGGCAAUGGAUUAUGUACCACCUUGUACUUGCUGGCGGUGAUUACGGCACCUGUCGAAGGGACCAGUUCGCUACUGUCUUGGCAAAACCUGACAGGGAGAAGGAGUCCAAAUCAACCGGCAAAUCCGCUGGGCUGGUGGCUGUCUGUGCAGUGCUCAUCCUGACCAUAGCAUUCGCAGCGCCUUUCACCGUGACAAGAAUGUACAGCCGCUCAGAGGACUCGGCUGAGUAUGAGAGCUUAGCAUGGGCAAUUGCUUACAGGAUCUUCAUGGCGUCCGACGCCUUCGCGUUCGCCUUCUCCGCAGUGGCCACCUCUUGCUGCACCUACGCCGGGUUCUCCUUCAUGGACAGGAGGACACGGUUAUUCUACCUCACCACGGGAGGGGUAUCCCUCCGGCUAGCGGCGGUGUCGAUCAUCGUCGUGUUCUCGUCGGGGGUGUAUGUGGCCGUUGCUCCGGUUGAUUACCUAAUCCCCAUCGCCGUCUGCCCGUUUGCUGCUCUGGUCAUCAUACCGCAGCUCACGCCUGUCUUCGUGAUGCUCCUUCACGCGUGGUCUUUGCUCAUGAGGAUUGGCUUCCUAGCAUGGUGCCGCACCAUGUUCUGCUGGCUCCCUCGACCCAGCCGAUACCGGGUCCCUGGAAGGUACCGCGGCCUUCGUGGGAGUAGCUUGGCGGUGCUGUUUUGCGUUUUCCUGGUCUGUUACCUUAUCUUUGUGUGUGCAUUCCUGUCCGCCAGGAACAUUAUCAAAGGAUUCUAGCAAUGACACACCGGCUUAAUUGCAUGUGAUUGAUGACAAUUGGAGAUUAAUUAGUUUGUGGCAUUAUUUUCUUACUUCAUGCACGGUGUUUCCACCAUGAUCUUCUACUGUAUGUUCUGCGAUGCUCCAUUUUUCUUCUGUUUCGAAUUUGUGCCAUUUGUAAAGUAGAUUUGGUCAUUAGUUGUAUCCCAUUAGAUUUUUUUUUAAUAUGACAAUUAAUGUAUCAUCCUGUGAAGACGUUGGAUAUUUGCUCCCGGCCCAAAUAUAAUUUCUGAAAAA